UUGCAUAUAUAAUAAGUCUUGACGCAUUACCAAAGCGACGUUCAUAACGAACUAUGUGUUUACAUUAAAAUGCUUUUACCUUACGAAAAAUUCAUCGUUUACGAUGAUUGGUUGUCAUAGAUAUGACUGACAAUUCGUUCGAGACGGUGAAAAGAGUUAGUGUGUCGCUUCUUGCUGCUUUAGUGAUUUUUCUUUAUAUAUGUUCACCUACUAUCAACGCGUCAAAUAAUGUCGAUGAUGAAAAAAUAUAUUUUCGUUCCUUGGCAAACAAUGAGACGAAACAUGAAUCAAUACUUCCCCAUUUUAACAUCACGUCAGUUACAGGUUGGGUGAAAACUCACAAGAAACAAGCAGCAAUUGGUUUGAUCGUUGGAGUAACAAUCACGAUUAUAAUUGUCAUUCUUAUUUGUUGCUGCGUUUCAAAAGUUGCGUCGGAAAAGGCGAAAAGAAAGAAAAAGAAAAAAGAUGCAGUUGUAAGAGGUCAUUCAAAGAAGGUCAAGCUUCCGAAAUUCAAACUACCGAAAUUUCCUGCUUUCAAAAUUCAACCUAGUGAUGGUUUUGGUCGAGAGAUUAAAAACAUUGGACAACUGGCAUUUUCUCUUUUUUACCAAAUGAAAACCGAAACUCUUUAUGUGAAAAUCAUCAAAGCCGAAGAUUUAUCCAUAAAGUCAUCUGGCUACGUUUCGUUUAAUUUUGUACAUAUUGUACUUAAUCCAAUGUCUACUUCUCAUGAAACAAAACGAGUUCGCAACUGUAUCUCCCCCGUCUUUAACGAUCUCACCGUCUUUGAUGUUAAACCUGAUGAGCUCAAAGAACAAACAUUGAUUCUGUGUGUCUUCGAUGAAAACAAGACAUCGCCUCGAGAUUUGAUUGGUUCCAUAAGAUUGGACAUGCGCGAUGUAUUUGACCGCAUAAACAGAAAGUCAGUGCAGUUUGAACAAGGUUUGCAGUGGAGAAGAGAAGCAAAAGGAGGUGAUAUUUAUUUGGGUUUCUACUGGAAUCCAAGAGAGGAGAUGUUUUGUGUAACUGUAAAGGAUUGUUCACAUCUUACUCCAGUUGACAAAAACGGACAGGCUAAUCCUUAUGUCACGCUGGACGUUUUUGAUGGAACUACGCGAAUACUUCAUAAAAAAACGCCAACGAAACAAAAAACUUUAUUUCCAGAUUUCGGGGAAGGUUCCAGAUUUCAUUUUCCAUUUAAAGGAACACAAAAGAAGUCGUUAUGUCUUAUUAUAAGCGUGAAACAUCGACCUAGCUGGCGUUCUGGUAUAAAAGAAGUGAUUGGUCAGCUUAGCUUUAGUUCUCGAUCAAUAGGAAGUGAGCAAAGGCAUUGGCAAUCAGCUUUAACAAGUGGUAAAAUUAUUUUCAUGAAGCAUGCUCUCCAAUCGUCUGUCGACAUUCCGGGGAAACAUGUGACCAAAAGAUCUCAAUGUGAGGAUCUUUAUGACGAUUUAUCAGAAGAAGAAAAUCUAAUCGAUCAGGAGGAGGAUCUGCCUCUUUGAUUCUAGAAAUUGCAUGGCUUUAAGCAUGCAUACGUAAAGCAAAGUUUUAUAUGAAUAAUUACACAUAUUUUUAAAGACUGUCAGUAAGCAUUAAUCUGUUUACACAGAUCGAGGUGUUUAUAUGUAAAUAUGCAUCUUCCAACAAUUAGCAACACCACGACCAUCUUUAAUAAGAAGAUGUUUGAUCGCUCAAUAGUAAUUUUUAAUACGUGAUGGAUAUUUGCACUGAGCCAUUGAGCCAAAAAGUCAUUUUUGACAUGAAAUGUACUAUAACUGUGUGAGAAAUUGGCAAUGCAAGUUCUCGAAACUGGAAUUAAAAAUGUCAUAUAAUAGUUAACAAAAAUAGUAAAAACAGCUUAUGCUUUUCUUUUUUGUACCGCAA